UUUCCGAGGGGUGGGUCUUAAACUGCAUCGAAGAACUUCCCUGAAGAUACCGUGUUUGCACAUAACGCAGGAUGGAGCUGCGGCCACUUGUCAUGUGUUUUGCUCUCUGUGUGGUUUACGCCACCAGCAAACCCACAGAGAAGAAGGACCGUGUUCACCACGAUGAACCCCUCAGCAACCGAGAGCACGAUGACACAGAGGGCUUUGACUAUGACCACGAAGCUUUUCUGGGACAAGAUGAGGCCAAGACCUUCGACCAGCUCACACCAGAGGAGAGCAAGGAGAGGCUUGGCAUGUUGGUUGAACGUAUAGACGAGGAUGAGGAUGGCUAUGUGACAGUUGAGGAGAUGAAGAAGUGGAUCAAGCAUUCUCAGAAGAGGUGGAUCUAUGAUGAUGUGGAUCGACAGUGGAAGAGUCACGACCUCAAUGGGGAUGAAGUGGUGUCCUGGGAUGAGUACAAGAACGCCACCUACGGAUAUAUUCUUGAUGACCCAGACCCAGAUGACGGCUUCAGCUACAGGCAGAUGAUGGCUCGCGAUGAGAGGAGAUUCAAGAUGGCAGACCAAGACAAUGACAUGAAAGCUAACAAGGAGGAGUUCACAGCCUUCCUUCACCCCGAGGAGUACGACCACAUGAAAGAUAUUGUAGUGCUGGAAACUAUGGAAGACAUAGACAAGAAUGGAGAUGGUUUAAUUGAUUUAGACGAGUACAUAGGUGACAUGUACAACCAGGAGGGAGACGCCACAGAACCUGAGUGGGUGAAGACGGAGAGGGAACAGUUCACUGAAUUUAGAGACAAAAACAAAGAUGGGAAGAUGGACAAGGACGAGACCAGAGACUGGAUCCUUCCCAGUGACUACGACCAUGCUGAAGCCGAGGCCAAACAUCUGGUCUAUGAGUCAGAUGCAGACAAAGAUGGCCGUCUGACUAAGGCAGAAAUCGUGGAUAAGUACGACCUGUUCGUGGGCAGCCAGGCGACCGACUUCGGAGAGGCUCUGACUCGACACGACGAGUUCUAAACAUCCACCUCCCUCCAAAGACUCGGUGUUCAUCUUUUUGUACCACCUUGCUCCUCCGACAGGGGAUGGGAGUAUUUCAAACAAGAUGAGCUUGUCUAAUCCAUCGCCACGGACAAUAAUUUAUUUGAUUUCUUGAAUGUGUCCCGUUGUACACAUUCUAACAUUCUAACGUGUACAUGCUUGGCCAGUGUGUCCUCAUGCUCAGUCGCGUGUAAGAUUGGCAUAUAUUGCCAGCCUUUGCUCUGCUUCCACACACUACACUUGCCUUUUCCACAUCAGGGAAAGGACAAACAGUGUGAGAUGACUUUUUUUGUUACCUUGAAAGGAUGAUUUUAUGAAAUCGCCAUGUUUUGUUACAAAACCCUCAUAGAACAAGUUUAGGCUUCCAGUAUACAGAAUAGUUUAUCGUACCAUUUUCUUUUUUUGCAAUGCACUGGACUGUGAAGAGUAAAGCUGAUUUCUAGUCAAUAGAAUUUGUUCUACUCCUCUGUCUAAUCAUGUAAUCAGGCCCACUCGUACUUUGUUUCCAUGUCUUUAUUGAUCGUAAUGUGGUAUUGCUGGAGAUGUUUGGAACGAGGAGUAAAUAUUAAAUUCCAGUGACAACGAAGACUAUUUGGACUAGUGCAAUACAGUAUCAUCAGUGGGACCACGCUGUUUGCUAUACUGGUCCCCAAAGCAUCUAUGUUAACACGAGCUGUGGGUCCUACGUAAGGGGGGCUGUGUGUUAGCAGAAGGAAACCAGAUGAUUUUAGAGACAGGAUGGAUGCUUUGUCCUCAAAGCUCCCGCCUGUCUUCUUUCUCGUCACCUCAAUAGUGUGUGUGUGUGUGUGUGUGUGCGUGUGAAUCUGUGUGUGUACAUAUACUACUUGUAUUCUUAAUGACAGACUUCCCCUUUUUUGAUGUUUAUGUUUUGUUCGAUUCAAGUGAACUAACUAAUUCGUGUGGCAAGCUAAAACAGUUGACCAGUUUUUGUAAGCGGUUUUGGGGGAAAAAAAAGCUUUUUUUUUCCCCCCAGAGAAACAAUUUGCCCUCCUAAAUAUGUUUGUUAUGCUUAUAUUAUCACUAGCACCAUUUAUAACCACUGUUGAUACUUUUUAUGGUAUGCUAUAAUGUAUAUGAUAAUGUUUUUUACAUGCUCACUGCAGUGACCACCCUUUCACUAGUGACUUUACUGUAAAUAAGUUGUUGGUCUGCAAUCGGAGCACUCUAACAGUCAGGUCCAGUUUUUGUGAUUGAGAAGAAUGUCUCAAU